UUUCUCAGCACUGUUUGGGAUGAGCCCUGAGACCUGGUACAUUGCUGUUGGUCCUAAUCCUUACACAGUGAAAGAGAAACAGAGUUACAUGAUAAUCGACGGAUACUUCAAUAGUUCCCAAAUCCAGAGAAAUGCAAUGUACUCCUGGUCAGCCUGCUUCUACUGUCCAGGGUUUUUCAGGAACUCAUGGACCUCCAUCAGUUCAGCGUCUUCCUUCUCCAAUGCAGAUGCCAGCACCACCUGUGCUGCUUCUCAACUGUCCUCCUGGACUAGAGUAUUUAAGCCAGAUUGAUCAGAUAUUAAUUUAUCGACAGCCUGAGCCUCUGGAAAGUAUGUAUCUUCUUAUGCCACAUGAGAUUAUUGUUGCAUUCAAAGAUAUUUCUAAUAAUUUCAACUCAGUAAUAAGUGACUUUGAAAUGCCCACCAAAUAUAUCCUAAAAAAUAUUUGGGGGCAAAGCGUAUACUUUGCUGCUGAGGAAAAUGAUUGCUGCACAUUAAACUGUUAUCCCAGGUCACUCAGACCCUUUACAAUAAAGAUCUUCAACAACUUGGGCCAAGAGGUCAUAGAGCUCCGAAGACCCUGCAGAUGCUGGUGUGGAUGCUGCUGUGGUUGUACGUGCAGCUUGCAGGAACUUGAAGUUCAUGCUCCCCCAGGAACACCUAUUGGUUAUAUUAAAGAGACCUGCCAUCCUGGCCGUCCUAAAUUUUCUGUCCAAGAUGAAGCCAAAGAGGAAAUAUUUAAAAUUGCUGGGCACUCUUUAAAAUGCAUGUGUACUGAGGAUUUCAGGUUUGAGGUGAUGUCAAAAGAUGAGCAGGAGUCUGUUGGAAGAAUUUCAAAGCAGUGGGCUGGAAUCACUGGAGACACAAGGGAGACAUUUACAGAUGCUGACCUCUUUGGAAUCGAGUUUCCAAUGGACUUUGAUGUUAAAAUGAAAGCUGUCAUGAUUGGGGCUGGCUUCCUCAUAAACUACAUGUAUUUUGGAGAGGAUCCCAUCGUUAUAACUGAGACACAUGUGAUCUAGUGGCAUGGGCUGCCACGGCAGGGACACUAGUUCAGAAUGCAACACUGUUGCAUCAGUGCAUCAUCCGUCAUGUAUUUUUAUAUAGUGAAUUAAUAGAUACCAGAUUGGAUCCUUCCUCACAUGCAUGCAGCACUCACAGAGGGAUCCCUGUGGUCUGCAUAGUCUGUGCAAGAGGCCAUUGCCAGGAAUGGGAAUUCUUGGGAUUUGUGGCUCCUGAAGCAAGGAUCUGACCCAUGCUUUGUAAGCAGAGUUAAUAAAGCAUAAAACUCAAAGCUC